UAAGUGCGACUACUCUAGACUGAAAUUACAUAAACUAAAAGCGGAGCAUGUUUCUACACGAUUUCGGAAUUUUUAAAGCAAGUUAGCACAAAACCCGUAACCACGUCAAUAUAUAUGGUCUUAUGAACUAAGUGCCUAGUGUAGAAGCUAGCUAGUAACUAGUUUAUAUACAUAAUAAACCCACAGGGAGAGUGAACGUUAGCCGGCAGCAGUUAGCUUGAUAGCUAACUUGUUUCUUGUUUCAGUAGACAUGUCCUCAGAAGCUGUUCUUACUGUACGCCUCGUUCGCUCCUUUGAGCAUCGCAACUUCAAACCUGUGGUGCUCCGAGGUGUAAAUUUAGACCAGAAGGUGGAGGACUUCAUAGCUUUUGUUAAGAACGAUGUUUCUACAAGAUCUGGUUUGCCCCCACCUUUCAAGAAAUUUGACUAUGACACGAUGAAGAUCAUCCAUCAGGCACAUGGAGCAAAGACUAAUGAACUGGUGAUGAGUCUAGAGGAUGAUGAAAAGCUGAUUCUGCACAAUGGCCUCGAUUUACGGUCAUGUGGCAUAGCCAAUGAGACGGAGCUGGCCUUCUUCAAAAUGGCUGACUAUGAAAAGUACAAGGCCAAUCCCCAGACUGUGUGGUGAGACCUACGAAAGAUACCAUGCUGCGUGAGAGAAUCCUGCCAUUUUAAUUUACAAGAAGUGGGGAGGCAUCGGAGAGCCGUAAUUCCAGUUUUUACUAAAAACCUCCCAUCUUGCAGAUCUUCAAGUAUCAACCAUGCCUGAAAUGGUGUUUUAGUUUCACUUUUUUGUUUUAAAUCAGUUAACAGGCUGGAUCAUGGUCCAAACAUUAAGAAAUAUUCAGUAGAGGAAAAAAUGCUGUUAAAACAUGGACAGUGGACAGUUUAACUGAAAGAAAUGUUUGAGUUGAGAAAUGAGUUGUUUACCAGCAUGACAAGUUCUUACUAUACUGCUUCCACACCAUCUGUUUUAUUUUAAUUAACUAAGAGGUGCCUGUUGCUGAGAUUGUGUUUAUAUAUUUAAUAAACUUUCAUUUGAAA